UUUACAAUAAGUCGGAUCGUUGUGUUAAUACCAUUAAGACCACUCCCCGACCCCACACUACUUAAGUGAAAGUCAAUUAAAAUUCAUUUAGCAACCCGCCAUGAACUUAAAGUGGUAUACACUAUUAGUCAUCCUCUCGCUCUUUCUCUCUCACACACGUUCCCUUACACUCCUUACGGAAAAGGUGUCACCAGUCUCUCAAGUGGUUUUUAUCAGCAUGGCAAAUAAUAGUUACAGAACGGUCUACGCUUUCGCCAGAGAAAUGCACCCAAAAACGGUGAAAACGGACAUCCAAUACGGAACGGCGGGUUUCCGAACAAAGGCCACCAAUUUGGGCUAUGUUAUGUACCGGAUGGGGUUGCUGGCGGUGCUGCGCGCCAGAUACAAGCGAGGCGUCAUCGGGGUCAUGAUCACCGCCUCGCACAACCCUGAGCCGGACAACGGGGUGAAAUUGGUCGAUCCGAAGGGGGAGAUGCUGGACCAAAGCUGGGAAAAAUGGGCCACGAAAUUUGCCAAUGUUGGUGAUGACCAACUUGAAGAGACCAUCAACGAAAUAAUAAAGGAAUACGACAUUCCCAUGACCGAUCGAGUAGAAAUAGUCGUGGGAAAAGACACUAGACCAAGUAGUCCUAGUCUCGCCAAGUCAGUAAUGGACGGUGUUUUAGCCCUAGCCGGGAAACCCAUAGACUACGGCAUAGUAACGACUCCGCAAUUACACUAUUUCGUCGUCUGCAAAAACACAAAUCGACAAUAUGGCGAACCGACUGAAGACGGCUACUACAAAAAACUGACUGGCGCCUUUAAAAAACUCCGCGGGGAAACCUACACCAACGGAAAUUACAAAAAUCGAUUACUAUAUGACGGAGCGAACGGCGUGGGAGCCAAGAAAAUCAAGUACUUUCAAGAGUUGCUGGGGAACACCUUAAAAAUCGAGAUGUUUAACGAUGCUAUUAUUGGUUCCGGCAAGCUGAACUAUAUGUGCGGUGCUGAUUAUGUCAAGUCUCAACAAAAAUUCCCGACAGGCGUCCCCGUCGAACCCAACGUACGUUGCUGUUCGGUGGACGGCGAUGCUGACCGACUCAUUUAUUAUUACAUGGACGAAAAUAAUGGCUUCCACUUAAUGGACGGCGACCGAAUGGCAACUUUAAUCGCUGGUUACUUGAAAGAAGUAUUAGAAGAAACCGGAAUUGAUCUCAAUUUAGGUUUAGUUCAAACUGCGUACGCGAAUGGCGCUUCGACUGAUUACAUCGCUAAAAAGUUACAAGUGCCGGUGGCGUGCGUUUCCACUGGCGUUAAGCAUUUGCAUCAUAAGGCACUAGAUUACGACAUAGGCGUCUAUUUCGAAGCAAAUGGACACGGAACUAUCAUUUUCAGCACAAACGCCAAAGAAAAACUGAGAGAGGCAGCAAAAAAUAACACAAUUUCAGAUGAACGCCGCCUGGCGGCUGAGGCUCUACUUAACCUCAUCGACCUAAUUAACGAGACUGUAGGUGACGCUAUAUCGGACAUGCUCCUGAUAGAGACAAUCCUUCACGCCAAAGGCUGGGACAUCCAGCAGUGGGAAGACGCUUACACCGACCUCCCGAACAGACUGAUGAAGGUGACCGUGCAAGAUCGAAACGUCAUCACCACGACUGACGCCGAAAGGGUUUGCGUUACUCCUGAAGGUUUGCAAGCAGAAAUAGACUCUGCUGCCGCUAAAUAUAAAAAAGGGAGGUCUUUCGUACGACCUUCGGGAACCGAAGACGUGGUAAGAGUGUACGCGGAGGCAGCUACCAGGGAGGAAGCGGAUGAAUUGGCUGUGGAAGUGGCUAAAAAAGUACACGAAUUAGCCGGAGGUACCGGAAAUCCACCGGAAUUGAAUUAAAAGUGCAAUAAAUAUAUAAGCAACGAUUUGUUACCUUUGUAUUUAUUUUGUUAUAUAUGAUAUUCUGUUGUAUCCAGGAGCGGGCUCCGUUUUUCUUCUGGGUGCACAUUUGUUGUGCCAUCGUACUCUUGCCUAAACAGGGUGUUUUUAAUGUCGAGUCAAUACGUACCCUUUCAAUGGCACUAUCACUUGAGACGGUGUGAAUAUAAGUCCGCACACUUCUUGCCUUAGAGGCUGGGCCUCUUUUUAUGUUGUACAAAUUUUUUAAAUAUAGUGGCUUUAUGACUACGUCUUGUUUACAACAAUGCCCUUAGUGUACUUAAUUAAAUCACGAAUUAUGUGGCCAUUUCGUACCCAAUUGUAUUAGAAUUGUAAUCAUUCCAUUAUAUGUGUACGUUGUAUUCAGAGGUUGGGUAUAUUGGUUGCAUUUUUAAGACACGUAACUGCCAUCAACAUCAAAACUAACGGCUUAAGUUAUUUUAAUUAUUUAUACUUUUAAUAAAAGGUUUGUGUACAG